CCGAUCCCGGCGGCUCCAGCCAUCUCCGCUGUCCUCCCUGGCUAAUCCCCUGCCUCUGAGUGGAGCCCACCCGGGCCGCUGAGCAGACUUCCCUUCCUGAGCCCAGGAUGCCCUCUCUCCAGGCCUGAUCUGUGUGGGCUGUGGCAGAACCACAACAUGGCAGAAGAACUGCCAGAGGAGGUGCUGGUACUCAUCUUUCGCCACCUGCCCCUCAGAGACCGUGCUGCUGCCGCUGGGGUCUGCAAGGCCUGGGCUGUCGCUGUCACCAGCAGUGCUGUGUGGUAUGACACCGACAUCAGUUGCGACUGUGAGCAAGAAGGUAUGUUGCCACCGUAUCUGUACACCUGCCUGGACUACAUUCACAAUCUACGGCUGGAAUAUGAGCCGUCGAGGAAGAUGAGUCGCCGGUUGGCUACUGAGCUGCUGAUUGCGAUGGCGGGCGGUGCCCCAAGGCUUCGAGGCCUGCGCCUGGAGUGCCUCGGUGAGAAACCGCUGCUUGACUCUGGCCGCGACAUCCUGGACGCUGUGCAAGCUGUCUGCCAGAAUGCCUGUGAGCUGCGCUACCUCGACCUGCGGCGCUUGCCCUUCACGCUGGAUGACGAGUUGGUGCUGCUGGUGGCACGAAGCUGCCCAGAGCUCCGAAGCAUUUUCUUGGACAACCACACUCUGGUGGACAGUGUGAGGCCAGGCUCAGUACUCGAGCUGCUGGAGGCCUGUCGGCACCUGUGCUCCCUCGGCCUGCACCUAGCCAGUCUAUCAUCUGCCAUCCUCCAGGUGCUGGCUGCGCCAAAUCGUGAGCCUUUUGAGCUCCUGGCCCUUCGGUGCGCGUGCCCUGAAGAUGCACGCGCACCCCACAUACCCGACGAAUGCUGGGGGGCAUUACGCUGCCGCCAUCCUGGGCUAGCUGUGGAGCUGGAGCUUGAGCCCGUGAUGCCUGCUGAGAGCGUGACGCGAGUCCUGCAGCCAGCAAUACCCCUGGCUGUGCUACGUCUCAACCUCUCUGGUGACACCAUAGGUCCGGUGCACUUCGCCGCGCACCACUACGCUGCAACCCUGCGUGUGCUAGAGGUGCGCGCUUCCUCCUCACCGGAGCUGGACGCUGCGCUGCAGGAGCUGGCAGCUCGCUGCUCAGGCCUGCGUGAGAUACACUGCUUCUGCGUGGUGAGGUCCUCAGUACUUGAAGCCUUCCGCGCACGCUGCCCGCGCCUGCGCAGCUACACUCUCAAACUGAAGCGCGAGCCACAUCCCUGGCGGCCCACACUCCUGCGGUGAUUGGUCAACUCCCCACCCCCCAUCCU